AUGCCGCGCUCCGCGCUCCACGUUGGUCCGGAGACCUUAAUCGCAUCUCCGGCCCCGCAGCUUCCCUUGAGCCCGUAUGGCACAAAGCAUAGCGCCAUACACGAAUUCUUUUUCACUGGAGUUCUUCUACCAUGGCAAGACUUUUCCGAAUCCGUGCAUGCAUUGCACCGGAAUGUUACUUGGAGAAGAAAGACUUUGGCCCUGACGCUCAAAACGAGAGACCCGUAUGCCCUGGCAAAUGUUGAAAUCGGUGAUGAACAUGGUCUUUUGGGCCGUUUUCACAAGCACUUCGGUGACGUGAUCAAUUCCGUCUUCAACUCACAAGGAAUCGGAAUUCGAUUCGCAGACUUCAAAAGCGUUCGAUCUACAUUUAGUGGCACCCCUGAUGUCAUAAUGAAAGACAACAAUCACAGUAUUAAGCUCGCGGGCGAACUCAAGGUUCCAUGGAUACAGCAGCAUUCCCUACGGUACAAGUAUAACGACAUCCACUGCUUGAGGGAAGUCCUAGCCCAACCGAUCAAGUAUAUGCAGACGCUGGGCUGUUUCUACGGGUUCCUAAGCAAUUACGAAGAGACAAUCUUCCUCCGGCAGCUUGUGGAUUCCGAAGGGAUCUGGAGCAUCGAAUACUCUCCCGUGGUUCUUUCAACAGAUUUCUGCGAAAAGCAUCGACCAAGUUCCCCGGUUGUCUCUGCCAGGCAGUGCUUCUUUUAUGUGGGCUGUGAGGCGUUGAAACAUGAAGGUGUGAGGAAUACUACACCAUACUGGGUUGUGCGGAAAUAA